UCAUGUUCUUGGGGUAGAUCUCCUCCUUGUCCAAUCAGCGGAGAAUCAGAGAGGACCCAGCCGAAAGCUGUCUUUGUGUUGACAAGUGCGAAGAUCUAGAGUGUUUGAAUGGAUAUAACCAGGUGCUCGGAGAAAUGGGUAAAACAAGACAAGGAGAGGCCUCUGUCUUCUUCCAUGAUGCUGGCGAGUAAGAAGUCAGACCCCGGCUCCUCUUCCUCCUCCUCCUCCUCUGUGGCGGGGGCCGAGAGAGCCCCAGAUGCCCAGGCCUCCAGCACUCAGACUGGCCCCCCUCCCUCUGCUCCUGGCCCCAUGGACGUCAAAAAGAAGGAGCGGGCCUCCCCUAGUGGGGAGCAAGGUGGGCCCCCGCUCCCCCACCCUCCCGGUCCAGGGGGGGUGGACCAGGAUGCGGCGGAAGUCCGUCGAACCAGCCGCCGCAAGCGAGCGAAAGUGGAGUACCGCGAGAUGGACGAAAGCCUGGCUAACCUGUCUGAGGACGAAUACUACUCGGAGGAGGAGAGGAACGCCAAAGCCGAGAAGGAGCGCAAACAAGUCAUCCCUCCUCCCCCACCUCUGGUGGAGGAGGACAAUGACAGCGAGCCUGAGGAGCCUUCAGGUCAGAGUGUUGAGGGGGCCGCCUUUCAGAGCCGACUCCCACACGACCGCAUGACCUCCCAGGAGGCCGCCUGCUUCCCUGACAUCAUCAGCGGCCCCCAGCAGACUCAGAAGGUUUUCCUGUACAUCCGCAACCGCACGCUCCAGCUUUGGCUUGACAACCCCAAGAUCCAACUGACAUUCGAGGCUACGCUACAGCAACUUGAAGCCCCCUACAACAGUGAUACAGUACUGGUUCACAGGAUACACAGCUACCUGGAGAGACACGGUCUCAUCAACUUUGGCAUCUAUAAGAGAGUCAAGCCUUUACCAACCAAGAAGACAGGGAAAGUGAUUAUCAUUGGAGGAGGUGUGUCUGGCCUGGCUGCAGCCAGACAGCUGCAGAGCUUUGGGAUGGAUGUUACUGUGCUGGAGGCCAGGGAUCGUGUCGGAGGGAGGGUGGCGACAUUCCGAAAGGGCAACUACGUGGCGGACUUGGGGGCCAUGGUGGUAACCGGACUGGGAGGAAACCCCAUGGCUGUGGUCAGUAAGCAGGUUAACAUGGAGCUGGCUAAGAUCAAGCAGAAGUGUCCACUGUAUGAAGCCAACGGGCAGGCCGGUGAACGAUGCACAAGUGUGCCCAAGGAGAAGGAUGAGAUGGUGGAGCAGGAGUUUAACCGACUGCUGGAGGCUACCUCCUAUCUCAGCCACCAGCUGGACUUCAACUUCCUCAACAACAAGCCUGUCUCCCUGGGCCAGGCCCUGGAGGUGGUCAUACAGCUGCAAGAGAAACAUGUGAAGGACGAGCAGAUCGAGCACUGGAAGAAGAUAGUAAAGACCCAGGAGGACCUGAAAGAGCUGCUGAACAAGAUGGUGACCACUAAGGAGAGAGUGAAGGAGCUGCAUCAGCAGUAUAAGGAGGCCAGCGAGGUCAAGCCCCCCCGAGACAUCACCGCAGAGUUCCUGGUCAAGAGCAAGCACCGCGACCUGACCGCCCUCUGCAAGGAGUACGACGAGCUGGUGGAGAUGCAGGUGAAACUGGAGGAGAAGCUGCAGGAACUGGAGGCCAACCCGCCCAGUGAUGUGUACCUGUCGUCCAGGGACAGGCAGAUCCUCGACUGGCACUUUGCCAACCUGGAGUUUGCCAACGCCACGCCUCUGUCCACCCUGUCACUCAAACACUGGGACCAGGACGAUGACUUUGAGUUCACGGGCAGCCACCUGACGGUGAGGAACGGCUACUCGUGCGUGCCCGUGGCCCUGGCCGAGGGCCUGGACAUCAAGCUCAACACGGCGGUGCGCCAGGUCCGCUACACGGCCUCCGGAUGUGAGGUGAUCGCCGUGAACACGCGCUCCACCACCCAGACGUUCAUCUACAAGUGUGACGCCGUGCUGUGCACCCUCCCCCUGGGGGUGAUGAAGCAGCAGCCCCCCGCCGUGCAGUUCGUGCCCCCCCUCCCCGAGUGGAAGACCGCCGCCAUCCAGAGGAUGGGCUUCGGCAACCUCAACAAGGUGGUGCUGUGUUUCGACCGGGUCUUCUGGGACCCCAGUGUGAACUUGUUUGGCCACGUGGGCAGCACCACGGCCAGCCGGGGGGAGCUCUUCCUCUUCUGGAACCUCUACAAAGCACCCAUCCUGCUGGCUCUGAUGGCGGGGGAGGCAGCAGGCAUCAUGGAGAACAUCAGUGAUGAUGUCAUCGUGGGGCGUUGCCUCGCCAUCCUGAAGGGCAUCUUCGGAAGCAGCGCGGUACCUCAGCCUAAGGAGACGGUGGUGACUCGUUGGCGUGCCGACCCGUUUGCGAGGGGCUCUUACUCGUACGUGGCUGCUGGGUCUUCCGGUAACGACUAUGACCUCAUGGCCCAGCCCAUCACCCCCGGCCCCACCAUCCCGGGGGCCUCUCAGCCUGUUCCUCGUCUGUUCUUCGCCGGAGAACACACCAUCAGGAACUACCCGGCAACGGUUCACGGGGCUCUGCUCAGCGGGCUCCGAGAGGCAGGCCGCAUCGCAGACCAGUUCCUGGGAGCCAUGUACACCCUGCCCCGACAAGCCACACCUGCUGCCAACCCCCAGGCCCAGCCUUCCCCCAGUGUCUAAACCCCCCCUCCUGCCCCCGCCAUUCUGCCCCCCCCAUCAUGCCCCAUGAUUCAAACACACACUGACAACACAAACAGCCUCAUACAUCCGCGCACACGCACACGUCACACACAUACAUUCCCCCCCCCCCCCCCCCCUUCCCAGUCGUCAAACUAUUCAAGUGACGUUGGUGACUCUAAUUUCUGCAAAGACUUUAAGAUGUAAGAAUGUGCCUGUCGAGUUUUUGAAGUUAAAUGUUUUUUUUCCAUCACCAAUGCCAGCCCAGCCCAGCAGUGAAACCACUCUGCACAUUCCCCCUGAGAACACAGCGAGCAGCACUCUGGCAGAACUCCACCCACCCUGCUCUCCUCUCUGGUCCCCUUCCUAUGGCAUCCUCCACCAGCUCUCACGCUAUAGGAAACACAGUUGUCUGAGGCUCACACUGCUAGAUGGGUCCACUGUACUUUGUACUCCUGCAGGACCUUAGGUAGUCCACUUUUGUCAUCUCCCUUCAGAGUAAGGGUCAGCAGAGUGGGUGCGAUCGGAUCCCUCCAGGUCUGAGGUGUAAGGCUGGAUCCCUCCAGGUCUGAGGUGUAAGGCUGGGUCCCUCCAGGUCUGAGGUGUAAGGCUGGGUCCCUCCAGGUCUGAGGUGUAAGGCUGGAUCCCUCCAGGUCUGAGGUGUAAGGCUGGAUCCCUCCAGGUCUGAGGUGUAAGGCUGGAUCUCUCCAGGUCUGAGGUGUAAGGCUGGAUCCCUCCAGGUCUGAUGCUGUGCCCCUAUCCUCCCAGCAUUAAACUCAUCUAGAGGAGCUGCAGUAGAGGAGCUGCUAAGCCAACAGCCAAGACGGAGUUUUGAAACGAAAGUCGUUUGUUCUGUAAUUGCAGGUCUUAAAGCUGCUCCCCCCCCCUUACAAUUCCACAUUUUAGAGCUUAUUGAAAGAUUUAAGUCAAGUGAUCCAGCAUUUUGCCACACAUAGACCUGAAUAACCUGAAGUAUAGCCUUACCUCAUGGAUGUGUGAAGUGACAUUGGCCUCUUUAUAGAGAUCGUCAUUGUGCCACGACAGAUCAGCGGUUUCUCAAAAGGAAGGAUGUGUCAGUAGUAUUGAAACAGCCCUAGCAGACAGUUCAACAUGCAUACAUCACACAUAGCACUCCACUGAAACUACUUUUAUUUUUUUAUUAAUAUGAGUGUAGCUGCUGCAAUUUGGAUGUUGCAAGGGCAUCAUCUUAAGGCUAAUGUUGCUAUUUAGUUGAUGUGAUGGGAGUUCACAAUAGGGUUGAAGCAUAGAAAACUAGUCCAAAUUAGCUGUUUGUAUUUAAUGCAAAAGAUAGAUAUUAUGUCAAGGAAAAAAUUGUGAAUGUUCUUUUUUUUGUUCUGCAGCUUGUUUGAAGUGUAUUGUUAUUUUAUUGCUGUCAUCAUUGCAUACUUUUUUAUAUUUUGUCAACAUUUGGUUAUAAAAUAAUAAAACUUAAAAAGGAAAUAUUA